AUGGCCGAAGCUAUCAAGUUUGCGGGGCACGGUAAUAUCCUGGACAAUGUGCAAAGAGACGCGGGAAGAGAGGGAGAUUUAUUUACUGAAGCUUCUACAAUGGAGCAUUCACGACUCAAAGCUGCCGCACCCUCCUCUCAGCCCUCCAAUGGGCCGCCAGCCCCUCCGCAGGGAUGUCAAGGUGCUCGCCCUCAUGGGCGGCCGCUACUUCCCCACGGGAUCGCCCUCAACACCAUCGAACACGCCUCCUCUCCCGGCCAAGAGACCUGGGACAAUAUCUGCGCCAUCGACGAUAUCGUCUCUUUCCUCUGCUCCGACAUUUUCAACGAGCAGCCUGCUUUCAUGCAUGGCCAGGGCAAGGCGUUGAGUGAGAGGGGCGUUGUGACGGUAGCGUUUGUGAGGUGGAACGCGGCUGCUGGUGGUGUGGCGCUCGCUACAGCUUGUGAUGUCGUCCUCGACGGGCGGGGGUGGGUUUGA